CAAAAUAUCUUCUUCUAUGUUCUAGAUUGUUGCGAUUAAUAUAUUUUCUGCUGUUUUUAAUUCCAAUGUUAUUGUACGUGAUGUCUUAAUACAUUUUAUUGAAAAAUUCAACAACUGUUACAUUUUUAUCUGAAAGAAACAAUUUGGAUUAGAACGCUUUGAAUAUGAACAGGACGGGGGACGCUGAAUGAAAACAGAUGUCAUUCUACAAACAUGUGACCUUGUGAAAAUAAAGACAUUUCUUGACACCGCCUAGACCUCACUAAUUUUCCAGCCCUGGUUACGGCCAUGUUUCCACUUAUAUGCUGUUAUCCAUCCAGCCAGCCGUCCAGUGGGAGGGGGAUGAUCUUAGGACAGAAGUAGAGAGUAAAGGAGAGAGAGAGGUCAUCAUUUGGUGCAGACUGUGGUGGUCGCGCAACACACGUAACACCCAGACCUGAACCCCCUACACCGGCAAACUCUCACCACCAAUGAAGAGCAACGGACGACUGUGACAGCCUCACGUAUUUGAUAGCAUCGCCGUUUCCGUGUGUCGGUGAUGUUCACGGUUAUUAAUAGGCUGCCGUGGCUUUCCGACGGUGUCUACGGACCAUUCAGAUGCAGAGAUAUAAAUGCGUAGUCGGAGCUGGCGAUACAAAACGGCAGCUAGAGAAAUCAUUUCGUACGACUCGAUCCCAACGCAUCUCAUCCUCACCGGACCGGAACCGGAGGCGAAGUUAACGGACCCGUGCACGUCUCGCUGAGGAUCCAUCUGAGCACUCGUCCUCAAUGGUCACUUUCUGUCCGAGCUUUGCUGCAGUCCGCAUCGGAGGAUGCAGGUGAAACACUCGAUGUACGCGGAGGGAAGCACGCCAGACACUGAGCCAGACGAGUACCAGAAGAAGACAUCAUGCUUCUCCAACAUCAAAAUAUUUCUCGUUUCAGAAUGUGCCUUGAUGUUGGCACAGGGCACUGUAGGAGCAUAUCUGGUAAGUGUCCUCACCACCCUAGAGCGACGCUUCAACUUGCAGAGCGCUGAUGUGGGUGUGAUUGCCAGCAGCUUUGAGAUUGGCAACCUUGCCCUCAUCCUAUUCGUCAGCUACUUUGGGGCUAGCGCCCAUCGGCCACGGCUGAUAGGUUGUGGGGGGAUCGUAAUGGCGUUGGGAGCCCUCCUGUCAGCGCUACCAGAGUUUUUGACCCACCAGUAUGAAUAUCAGUCUGGAGAGUCCCGACCUAUAGGACAGGGAAGGGAUGUGUGCUCCAAUACUAGUCGACCCGGACUGUCCGAUCCUAGUUAUUUCUGUGGGAAUAGAACCAAUACCAACAUGAUGUAUCUGAUGCUGAUCGGAGCUCAGAUGCUUCUGGGAGUCGGGGCUACACCUCUUCAGCCGCUGGGUGUGUCAUACAUUGAUGAUCACGUCAGGCGAGAAGACUCGUCCCUUUAUAUUGGAAUCUUAUUCUCAACAUUGGUCUUUGGACCAGCAUGUGGUUUCAUUCUUGGCUCUCUCUGCACCAAAGUUUAUGUCGAUGCAGUCUUCAUUGACACAUCCACGCUGGACAUUACUCCCGACGACCCGCGCUGGAUAGGCGCCUGGUGGGGUGGCUUUAUCAUCUGUGGCCUUUUCCUCUUCGUCUCCUCGUUUUUCAUGUUUGGCUUCCCGCAGUCGUUGAACGAGCCUGGAGAAGAUCCAAGGGGUGAGAGUGAACAGGCCAUGCUUCCCGCUGAGCUGGUGCAGGAAUAUGAAGGAGUCAAAACCUCAGAUGGCCCCGAGAUCAACUCUGGCCUCACCUGCUGCCAGCACCUGCAGGUUAUCCCUAAGGUGACUAAGCAUCUGCUGUCCAACCCGGUUUUCACCUGUGUCAUUCUUGCGGCCUGUAUGGAAAUCGGUGUGGUGGCUGGAUUUGCUGCCUUUCUGGGGAAAUAUCUAGAACAGCAGUUCAACCUCUCAACCUCCUCCGCCAAUCAGCUUCUAGGGAUGACAGCAAUCCCCUGUGCUUGUUUGGGUAUUUUUCUGGGAGGGCUCCUGGUGAAAAAGUUGGAUCUGUCAGCGUUAGGGGCUAUCCGCCUCUCAAUGAUAGUAAAUAUCAUCUCUACGGCCUGCUACGUCUCCUUCCUUUUCCUUGGCUGUGAUACGGGCCCAGUCGCCGGGGUUACUGUUGCUUAUGGCAACGAGAGUCUUGGGUCAUGGGAGCGGGGCGAGGCUGAGUGUGUGUCAGGUUGUAAUUGUUACACAUCUUAUCUAAGCCCCGUCUGCGGCUCCAACGGCAUCACCUACCUCUCAGCCUGUCUGGCUGGCUGCACUAGAUCCAAUCUGACAGGAUGUAAGUGCAUCAGCCAUGCAGAUGGGCCGGGCACAGUUUCACCAGGAAAGUGUCCCAGCCCCGGCUGUCAGCAGGCCUUCCUCACGUUUCUUGCAGUCGUGUGCGCGUGCAGCAUGAUCGGAGCCAUGGCCCAGACUCCAUCCGUCAUCAUUCUGAUCAGAACCGUAAGCCCAGAGCUGAAGUCAUAUGCUCUAGGAGUUCUCUUUCUGCUGCUCCGGUUGUUAGGUUUCAUUCCCCCACCUCUGAUCUUUGGCAUUGGGAUCGAUUCCACCUGCCUACUGUGGAGCUCCGUGUGCGGCACAAAGGGAGCCUGCAUGCUUUACGACAACAUCUCGUACCGCUACCUUUACGUCAGCAUCGCCAUUGUCCUCAAAUCCAGCGCCUUCAUUCUCUACGCCGUCACUUGGCAGUGCCUGCGUCAGAAUUACUCCAAGUACAUUAAAAACAGUGAGGAUUACCUGACCCCAAGCCAACUGUUCGCCUCCAACCUCACGCUGGACAACCUGGGCAAGGACAUCGCACAGAACCCUUCCAAUCGUUCCAAGUUCAUUUACAACCUAGAUGACCACGCCUGGAGUGAGAACAUGGAGUCAGCCAUAUAGUCCCGCCCCAAAGAUGGCCAGAUGGCCCAUAUGCACAUGCUAAUUUAGUCUCAUUAAUGCAUUUAUUCAAAAGAGAGUUCACGUUUCCGCACAUUUUCCGCUGCCUGGGGGAAACCGGCACUCUUACAGCGUAUCCAGGGUUUAUUUUAACUAAAUGGAGCCAAAUGAAAUUGACUGUUACUGUAGUCAGGAGUUAGAGCUAUACAGUAUAUGCUGGAUUUAUGAUAUAUGGAGGUGAAAUACAUCUGUAAUGUUAGGGAACGUAUUAGGUUGCAGUUCAAAAACUGAACAAUUAAUCUUCCAUAGGUCAAAACUAUCCCCCAAUUACACACAAGCACCUUUUUUAGGUUUCAUUUUGGAUGGUCUUUUUAGUAUUUUUUAAAAAAUGUAUAAAGAAUACAAGUUCUAUGAAUAUUAGCUAAUGUUUACUUGAAUAUUGUGAGGCAUUUAUGUAUAUUUUUACAGAGGGUUCUGUGGAAAACCAGGAAACUUAGAAAGCUUGAUGUUAUUAUUAAUCCUCAGUCUCAGUUGUACAGGUAUUAGACUAUAAGAGACAUAUAGAUACAGUGCAGAGUUCACGUCAUAUAAUCAAAUAAUCAAUUUAAAUAGUGAACAUUUAAGGGCCGCGUCUAUAAAAAUGUAUUGCUUGAAUAGGCAAAGGUUAUUAAUUAGUUUUGCUUCUUUAUUUGUCACCUGCAGUGGUCCUGAGCAACAUCUAAAGCAACAUGAAACAUUAGUUAGUUGUGGCAAUUAAGCAGUGGACACUGAAGCAAUGAAGAUUGGAUUUAUUUAAAUGCAUGCAGGUAUUGCAUGUUGAUGCAUCAGAGUAGGUGCAUGGGAAUUUACGAGAUAAGAGAGGGCAGACAUUUUUCUUCUACACUCCAGCAUUCUCUUAAGUGCUAUUUUAUGCUGUUACUCUGCAUUAUGUAUAAGCAAUGCAAUAACAGCGCCAUACGUCAUCUAUGAGUUUGAGACCAAACGUAAGGAUUAACGGUUUUAAAACAGCAAGUUUUUGCUACUCGUCUCCUCUUUAUCAUGAACGACUGAAACAUUGAAAUCACAGUCAAAACGCAGAAUCAUGAAAGUUACAUAAUAAAGAUUGCUUUCAAGUUAAUCCAGUUACUUUGUACAUUUUUCUACGACAUUGGACCUAAGAAUUUGUUUCAUAUACUUAUUAUUUUUAUGAGUUUUUAAAAAAUAAAUAAAAAAUAAAAUAAAAACGGACUGGCAGACAUGGAAUGAAAUGGAAGAUGUGUGGUGAUAUGACGAUGCUAAAUGCUUUUUACAGAUGAAAUGACAUUAAGUUUCUGCUGCUUUUUAAGGAUGGUUUACUGAAUGCAAGUACACUGAGGAAACCCAGAGAGGGAAAACCCAAAUCCAUUAUCACUCUUCAUGUAAAUGGCCUCCCAAGCACAUUAUUUUAAUGCAAUGCAAUAUACAGAGACGCUUGAUCACUUGAAUGUUGAGACCGGUGUCAAUACAAAUGGGAUGAUACAAGAAUGAUGUCAUUGUUUAUAUAAUCAUUCCUCUCUAGAGAUAAUUCAUUGCCGUUUAAGUGCCAAAGUGAUGCCAUUUAAGUGUUCUAGAGUUCUCUUCGAGAGGCAGUUUUUCAUAAUGCUGGAACUGUAUAUGACUGCAAGAUGCUUUACUGUAUUGUAUGUAGACAUAUGUGAUAUCUUAAGCAGCCAUUACACCUUGUACAUAGUAAAAUUCAAGUCUGUUCUCUCCAGAAUGUAGAACAUAGCGAUGCUUAGGCUUUUACAGGUGAUGUUACUUAAAAGUCUUAACUUUGGACGAAGUCAAAAUAUAUAUAUUAUUGUUAAAUGCAGGGGGAGAUUAUGUUAUGCUUACAGAAGAAUGUUGUGGUAUAUUUUUCUACCCAUGUCUGUAUUCUGAAGCUUACGUGUAACAACCAUAAAAGGUGUAUACGUUUAAAAAAAAAUACACUAACAACUAUCUGCACUACAAA